GGACUUGUCCAGCUACUCAUGCCUACCUUUGCAGAGCUCAAAGACAAGGCCGCUAAGGCGAAGAACACAACAGUGACAAAGUUCAAUGAUACCAAAGAUAGACAUUCGAGUGUGCCUCUGAAGGAUACGAACUGGAAUCCGUACGACAAGAACCCGCCGCCCCCACCCCCACCCCGUGCAAAUGCCAAUACUCGACCAAAACCGGCGCUACCGCCCCCUCCCCAACGAGCCAAUUCUGCUCAAACUUCCCGACCAAGCGCUAGUCCCAGUCCAGUACCAUCAAAUAGUAGCGGUGGGGGCCCACCGCCCAUAAUACGCUCAACUAGACCGUCGAUCGCCUCUUCAUCCUCCUCAUCAUCAUACGUGCCGCCUGCAUCGCCGCCUCCAGCCGCAGCUGUACGAUCAAUCGCCGCUCAAUUUCAACAACAGGAACCCCAACGACCCACUCCCCCGCCUCCAAAUCGACGGUCAAUCGGCGCACCUCCUGUGAUUCGAAGAGUAUCUCAACAGGAUACUAAUGAUAUCAACUGGGCAAAUUUGACGGAGGAAGACAAACAGGUCUUCUUUGGGUGGCUGGAUGAAUUUUUCUCCGCGCAACUGGGGAGGCCGAUAGGCACUGCUGCCUGA